GCGGCCGGAGUCCACUUCCACCUCACCAGCCCCAGCCCUAGCUCCCCCGUGGCCUCCCUGCUAGAUCUGCUAGCUGUCUCGUCGGCAUCUGCGUCCCCCCUGGCGGAUCGCGCGGCGUCCGAGGCGGCGGAGCUCCCACCUACCGUGGUGAAUGCAUCUGGAUCCGGUUCGGGUGGUGUUCAUGAGGCUAUCCCGCCGACGACAGGCGAAUCUUCCCCGGAGCGGGAGGCCGGCUCGGAUGCGCCUGCCCCUGCGCAGCCACGCCCCCAGGCUGCGCUCCAUUAUCGUCGUCCCAGAUGCGCCGCAGCUCGGCGCGUCCGAGAGCCAGCCGUUGGCUCCUGCUACUGCAGCCGUUGCAGUGGGCGGGCACGCCUCCCCUGCAGUUCAUGCGGCUCCCAAUGCGCAGGCUGCUUCUGCUGCUUCCUCUCUGCCAUGGCAAGAGGUUCGCCCGAGGGUACGCAGCGUGGCUGGGGCGACCUGCCGCGUGAUCUCAUUGAACGGAUUGUGAACAAUUAUCUGCCUUGUGGAAUCGACAGGCUACGGGUCUCGUGGAUCAACUCACACUGGGGCCAGAGUAUCCGCGAUAUGAAACUGACACAACUCCCGUGGAUGUUCUUGCCCUCAAGCAGCACUCCCAUGUUUUUCGAACCUGUGGCUCAGUGCCUGCACAAGAUUUGGCUUCCUGCUGAACUUAAGAGCGGGCAGGCCUGUGGGUCAUCCGGGCCCUGGGUAUUCAUCUCCAUCCACGAACCGGAGCAUCAGUUCCUUCUGUACAACGUAUGCAAUGGAGAGAAGGUUGAUUUGCCCGUGAAGAUACUGGACAAGGAAAGGUUGAUUCAGGACGCCUGGUUUGGGAUGGCAGCUCUCUCACGCCUCCCUUCAACCGCUGGUGGGUACAUGGUGGCAGCCGUUGUACGCAUUAAUCAAUCUCAUGAUUUCACCAUAGCAACGUGGGAGUUCAAGGAGGAACACUGGAAAGAGAUAGCUAGUGUAGAAGAUGGGGUGCUUGACAUCUUGUUCUAUCAGGGUUCCUUCCACAUACUCACGGUAAAUGAACAUCUGAUCAGGCUUGUUCCGGAGGGACCCUCUUACAGGGUGAGGAUGUCAUAUGUUGAGCAACGCCUGACCAAACAUGUGGAUGAUCAGUAUGAGGAUCCGGAGGAUGAUACCUUGCUGAGAAAAUAUCUGGUGGAGUCCAUAACAGGACAUCUUCUGCUUGCCCUGAAAUUUACUAGAGAUAGCAGCACGACCGUUGAUAUCCAAGUUUUCCGUCUGUGCGUUGACAAUGCCGGCAAAGCCAUAUGGGCCUACUACACGAACACAGCGGGGGAAAUGAUCUACCUUGGUCAGGCCUCUUCCAUUUCUCGAGUCAGUCAGUCUGAGCCAACAAUUCAUUUUCUUGAUGAUCGUAGGGUGGAAGGGGAUGAUGACAGCCACUACAACAGGAGGGAUAUGGGAGGGCUGCAACCCCAUGUCCUCCAGGUUGACUGGUACAGUUACCGAACACCAAAGAAAGAUUCAAGGUUCAGCUAUCGGGCACCAGAUGACAUUGGAGAGACUGACGUACCAACACCAGUUUGGUGCGAGCCCCUGUCUGGUGGUUCUACCACGUGACUGACUGUCAGUCCUGCCGCGUGACCGUCAUCGUCAACUCUUAGUCCAGCUGUAUGUGAAUUCUGCUUUCUAGGAUUGCAACUCCUCUUAUUCCCUAUAUCUGGACUCAUAAUGCGGCCUUUCAACAUUUACUUGUAUGAUGAAAGGUGCUCUGGUGUUCCAUGGUCGUGUUUGCUAGGAUUAGGCUCGAUCGAUGCCAGUGGGUUUCUGUUUCAGAUGUUCUGGACUUCUGGUUCCGUUUUGCUUCCACCUGGGAUGUUCCCGGUUUUGCUUCUACCUGUAACCUUGUAACAGCCCAAGUGAAGACCUGUAACCUUGUAACAGCCCAAGUGCAAGCCUGCUCCGGUGAUCGCCGGAGAACCCGCCGGCAUCGUCGCUCCUUCCGGGAAGAAGCACCUCCGACAGCGUAUGUUCAUAAGGAGAGGAUCCCUCCUCUUAUCAAGUGCAGCAGCAAGUCUCGUAGUGGUAGCAUCCUAGUAGGAUGAUCGAGAGGUUUUGGGUUCGAUUCCCUUGAUUUAUCUUGUGAUUUACUCAUCCACCCCCUUUUGAUUUCCACUUUUUGAUUCCCCUGCCCCCCAUUGAUUUAUCCUGUGAUUUAAUCAUC